GGUGGGCGAGUCCAGUAAUGACCGGGGGAUCCCGGCAAGUAACAUGACGAAAAAGAAGCGGGAGAAUCUGGGCGUCGCUCUGGAGAUCGACGGGCUGGAGGAAAAGCUCUCCCAGUGUCGGCGAGACCUGGAGGCCGUGAACGCCAGGCUCCACAGGGCGGAGCUGAGCCCAGAGGCCAGAAGAUCUCUGGAGAAGGAGAAGAACAGCCUGAUGAGCAAAGCCUCCAGCUACGAGAGGGAGCUGAAGCUGCUGCGGCAGGAAAACCGAAAGAACACGCUGCUCUCCGUGGCCAUCUUUGUCCUCCUGGCCCUCAUCUACACCUGCUGGACCAUUCACACAGGCUGAUCCUGGAUUGUCACAGUGGCACUGCCGAGUGAGCUGUGUGAUUUAUGUAAAGGAACGGUGCCUCCUGCCCUCCUGGGGCUGUCGGUUCAUCUACGCCCCUCCUGUUCGUGUUCCUACUGGGAGCUGCAGACUUUCUCCCACCGUUCUGGCCUCUUCUCUGGCAUCAGGCAGAGGCCUUGGGAGCCCUGCGGGGCUCAGGAGCUUGGACGGGCUCCCAUUGAACAAGUGCUGUCUUCUGAGUAUCACCUCCAGUCCCAGACACAAAGCACAGAGGACGAACCACAGCCCCAGCACAGAGCCACGCAGCCAUUAAAAAUAUGUUUAUCUUUAAUGA